UUCACUUACACCGCGUUCGGUCGCUCCGAUAAUUUUAAGAUAGUCAUAGAAUUUAUAUCAACAAAAAUAACAAAAACCAAUAAUAAUAGAAGUGAGUGAGUGUGUGUGCGUGCGUGUAUACAAUUAAUAGUAUUUGUGUUUAUAUAUAUAAUUGUAAUUGUUGUUUAAUUUCUUCGCGUCUACACUCUGUACUUCUCUUACCCUCACGCUUUCUUGCAUCACACAAACAACGCAGUACAACAAAUACUAUUAUUAUUAUUUUUUUUUUAUUUUGCUUAAAUUAGUAAAUUCCCAAUGUGAAAAAUAUUUACAUAUUUUCGGCAACUCACACAUAAACACAAAACACACAUGCUAAAGCUCAUGUGAUUAACUAAAUUUUAUCACGGGCAGAGCCAAAAUAAAUAGUAAAUACGCUGGCCAAUAAAUGCAAGUGAAAAUGCAAAUGUAUACUAAUUGAAAAAGGCGCAAACAGAGCAAGCAACCGCAACAACAACCACAGGAGCAGCUGGCGACAAAAGUGAAAAGCGAUUUCAAUUGAGAAACUUGGAUUUGGCAGGCAACAAAUUUGCUCAGAGUGCAAAAUGUCAAACACUGAAGACAGCGAGCUGGACCCGCAAAUUCAGAUUGAACUAGAGAAUCUCAAUAGCGCUACGGAUGAGAUUAAUAAGCUCGAAAUCGAAUUGGAGGAGGCGAACUCAACGUUCCGCAUAUUGCUGAAUGAGUCGACGCGCCGCUUGAAGCUCUCCUCCAAGAAGCUAGGCAACUGCAUUGAGAAGGCGCGUCCCUACUAUGAGGCGCUGGAGAAGUUGCGCGAGGCGCAAAUCGAGUGCCAGCAGGCGGCGGUAAAAUUCCAGCGAGCGAAUGAAAUCCAUGCAGCUGCCAAGGAGACGGUGGCAUUGGCCGAGCAGCGCUUCAUGUCCAACUCUCACGAGUGGCAGUUCGACAAUGCCUGGCAGGAGAUGCUAAAUCAUGCCACACAGAAGGUGAUGGACGCGGAGAAGCAGAAGGCCGACUGCCAUGCCGAGCAUCAGCGACGCACGCGGCUCUUUCACUGUGCCGAGCAGAAGCUGCAGCAGCUCGAGGAUCGGUUCAGGCGCAGCAUCAACAAGUCGCGUCCGUACUUUGAGGAGAAGCAGGUGUGCCAGGAUCAACUGCAGACGCAGAAGAAUCGCAUCCAGGAGCUGCAGCAGCAAGUGAGCAAUGCCAAGGCGACUUACUCGACGGCCUUGCGCAAUUUAGAGCGCAUCAGCGAGGACAUACACAGGCAGCGCGGCGAUUAUCCUGCGAUGAGCGGAUCUCCGCCGCCGCCCGGGCCACGUGAGCCGGGCGUGGGCGCUGAACUGAAUACACCCACCUCCAGUACGUUGCCAUCGCUGCCCGACUUCCAGCUGGAGCUGGAGAAGUGCGACUUUCCAUCGAUAGCGGGCAGCCAAAUGUCGCUGGGCGGCGGCACAGUCGCCACGGCGUCGGCCGUGGAGACUGAGGACGAGGCCGAGGAGGACAAUGUGUGCGACUACGAUGAGAGCGGAUUGGGUAACGAGCUACGCGGCGUGGUCGAUGAGCGCCAGUUGGAGGCGUUACGUCAAAAGGUCAAAAUACUCGCAGUGCGACCCAUCGAGGGCGGCGACGGACAGCAGCAGAACGAUGUGUGGGAGCACGAACUGAAGGCCACGGUGGACAAGCUCGAUCAUCUGAUGAUGCUCAAGGAGGCAGCGAAACACCAGCAAAAUGUGCGAGCCAAGUCCACAGAGCUACGCCCAGACUCACUGGGCGCCGAGGCACUGAAGCGCCACACCGAUGUGGACGAGGUGGACGCCAGGGAUGUGGUCAUCAAGAUCAGCACCAGCGCCGUGCCCACAGUAUCGAUUACCCACAGCCUGCCCGUCACGCCGCAGCACCAGCCGGGCAGCAAUGCGAGUUCGAUCAAGAAGCUGCAGCAGCAGCUGGCGCCACUGCCAUCCGUGAAUGUGUCCAUGCGGGAGCUGCCACUGCUGGCCCGACUCUCGAAUGAGCUGUUGGAUCGCAGCAGCGCUGCCAUGGGCAGUGUGCGCAGGCAACUGCGACGUCGCUCUCUCGAAUAGCAGCAGCAGCAACUGCAA